CGAUUGAGAGACAGGAUACUGUGUCUUUUGAUUUAGCAAGUCUUUUGAGCCUGAAUUGUUCGAUUAUCUGCGAUUGACUCCACAACUGAUAAAGACGAUGAAGAAAUCUGCUUUUCUUGGUAUUGGCAUUCUUAUCGUGAUGUUUUUCAUCACAACUCAAGCUCAUCCAAUCCAACCAGACAGGUUUAUUGAUACUAUUUUGAAGAGGAAGCGCACAGGGUCAUGCCCAAAACCGGGUAUUGGUCUUUGUGCCGAACUUUGUGGCAGUGGGUGUCCUUACGGACAACUGUGCUGUUUUAAUGGCUGUGGUCACGAAUGCAUGGAUGCAGUUUGAAUCCCAAUACUGCUGGAGAAAAGAAGACGGUCAGCAGCAUGCAACCUCUAGAUAACUAGAUAAUGAAGUGUUAAACAUAACUGUACGUAAAACAGAAAGGAAAUAAAAAACAAAGAACAAA